GUCUCCACCACCCCCCCACAAAAUCAAUCAAUCAUGAAACCCCCCAUUUUCACACACAACACACAGUAGCCAUGGCUCUCUCCUCUAUUCCGUCGAUCCCGCCCAAACCCCCCUUCCCGCACCCAAUUUAACAUUCCAAAAUUCUCUAACCCUAGUUAAACGCCAUGGCGAUCGUUACCGGCGAUAGGUAUCUCGAAUCACUCGUGAAAUUCGUCGAAAAUCAGGCGGAGAAAUUGAUAGAAGGCACUCUGGUGUUGAAAUUGAAUCCGGUGGGUUUGCGUUACGUGCAAUCGAGGCUUGAGGCACUGGGGGAGCUGGAGAGCUUGUUGGCCGGAGCUCCCGUCGAUUAUCUGCGCGCGUAUGUGUCGGAUUUGGGCGACCACCGCGCGCUCGAGCAGUUGCGGAGAAUUCUUCGCCUGCUUCCGUCGUUAAAGGUGGUUUCUCUGCUGCCGCCGCUCCGCAGGGAUCCGACGCCUCUGUUCCUUCUUCCAUUCGGCAGUUUGAAGGUUUUGGAGCUCCGUGGAUGUGAUUUGUCCAAGUCUGCAGCGAAAGGGUUGCUUGAGUUGAGGUUCACGCUUGAGAAAUUGAUAUGCCAUAACUCAACUGAUGCAUUGCGGCACAUAUUUGCGAGUAGAAUUGCAGACAUAAAGGAUUCACCCCAAUGGAACCGGUUGUCUUUUGUUUCAUGUGCGUGUAAUGACUUGAUUCUCAUGGAUGAGUCUUUGCAGCUUCUUCCUCUGGUUGAAACCCUUGAUCUGAGUAGGAACAAGUUCACAAAGGUGGAUAAUCUCAGGAAGUGCAACAAAUUGAAGCAUGUGGAUUUGGGAUUUAAUAACCUAAGAAGUAUUGCAUCAUUAAGUGAGGUCCGUUGUCAGAUUGUUAAGCUUGUGCUGAGGAACAAUGCUUUAACUUCAUUGCAUGGCAUUGAAAAUCUCAAAUCACUUCAAGGGCUUGAUGUUUCAUACAAUAUUAUUUCUAACUUCUCUGAGAUAGAGGUUCUUGCUGGUAUCCCAUCUCUUCAAAGCUUAUGGUUAGAAGGAAAUCCUCUUUGCUAUGCCCGAUGGUUUCGAGCUAAAGUUUUCAGUCUUUUUUCAUACCCAUACCUACUUAAGCUGGAUGAGAAGAAAAUAUCUGCUUUUGAGGAUUGGAAGCGCAAAAUAAUAAUUUCGGGCAGGCAGAAGCAGCCUGCCAGCUUUGGAUUUUAUUCACCAAUCCGUUACGAUGCUGAAAUAGAAGAAGGUGCACAUACAAAGAAGAGGCGUUCACGUCUUGCAUAUAUUGAGAAUGAUGAGCGGAGCAUAUAUAUUGCUGACCGAGAUUCAGUGUCGUGUGGUCAUGAGAUUGAAAGCAAAGGAGAAACUGUGCAUUCAGAAGAAGAAACUGAAAUUGAAGAUUUGAUCCAAAGAAUUGAAAAUUUGAAGAAGGAUCGUUCUGCUCUAUGGUUGGAGGAAUUUCAAGAAUGGAUGAAUCAAACAUCAGAAACUGUUGCUGAUGGUAAUAGAUUUAGGAGUACUAUAUCACAUGGUAAAAAAGAGAUGCGUAUGAAGAGUGAGACAGAAGACAUUGAGCAUGCCGAGCCCUCAAGAUACAUCUCCGACUCUUUUCAGCUUUCUGGAGAUGAGAGCAGCACAAUUAUUCUAGGAUCCGAGACAUCCUUUGCAGAUACAUCGGUUGUCAGUGCUCAACAAUAUUUUGAUCGAAUUGGUGAAGCAUCUUCAAGGUUGUUCAUGGGGCAUGCUGGAGGGGACAGAUCUGUUUUCAAGAAUUUUAGUGAGAGUCAGGAAGAGCUGAGAUACAUGAACAAUGAAGCGAGUAUGCCUGUAGAUGCUGUAUACUUGCGGUUUAAUUCCCUUGAAAUGCCCAGAGGGGAUAGUUUGAGUGCAGAAAACAUGUAUGUCCCUUCAACAACUGCAAUACAUAAUAUAAUGGGGACCCAUUCGUCUGCAGCUUGCCCGGCAUCUCCACCUCAUUACCAAGAGGAUAUUUUACAUCGACGACACAACUUAGAAGAAGAGUUUCUACAGCUGUCUGCUGAAUCGUUGUCAGUGGCAUCAUCUGAUAGUACAAGUUGUAGUGACCCCGAUUCUGCUCAAUUUGGCCCUUCAGUGUCUCAUGUUGAUCAUUCUGUUAUCGCGAGUUCAUCUGAGAGGAGUAAUGAGAAGUUAAUUAUAGCUUCAUUUGAAGAUGACGCGAGUGAUGCAAAGCAAAAUGGGACUGAUAUGCCAAUUUCUCGUACUCAAGGGAAUUCUGCUUACACCAAUGGUAGAGAGUUGGAAAUUGCCCUUCCUGGCAGUGAUAGAUCUGUAGAAGAUUUACAGGAUGAUGAAAAUUUAGGAUAUAUUAAGGAGAAAAGUGGUUUAUUGGAGAAGAAUAGACACAGAAGGAAAAUCAGUAGAAGGAUGAUUUCCUUACCCGAGGAGGAUGAUAUACAUGGUGAUACCGACUCAUCAAAAAAGUCAGAUGAUCAUGUAGAAACCUGCUGAAGUGAUGGUUCAUGAACCAAAAAAUCUGUUGGGCUCUGAGCUGUGGAAAUCCAGUCUGGCUAGAAGCAAUGGGGACGGCACUACCUCCACUGUAUUUGACUAGUAUAACUAGGGAGCUAGAUCUUGAGUUUAACGGAUUAAAUUAACGUAAAGAUAGUUUUACUUGGAUCUAUAUUAAUCUGAAUUUCGCUUCUAAUGGGGGGUGAGUGAACUUCUGCACAGUACGUGCAAUGUCUGAUCUCUGUUCUUGCUGAACUUCUGGACAGUACGUGCAAUGUAACCAUCUGAACUUCUGAACCUAUUUUUAACAAAAAUGGUUACUUGUCACAGACUCACAGGCUUAGUGAUGAGAAGAGAAAUGACGAUUCUCUGGAACUAGGGCUUCUAGUUCUUAAUUUGUUACGUCAGAUUUGCAGUCUCGUCGCUGGGUGUCCAUGCAACAGUCCUGUUGUAUUUCUGUCGGUCAAAUGCUUGCUUUCUGACAAGGUAUCUUAACUAGUUAUACCCCUCUCAACUUUAACUGUUAAUAUAGUAUGAGAUUGGUGAGGCCUUUUCUUUUAUUUAUUUGUGGAAAUGUAUUGUGGGGCAUACUGCAAUUUUCUUGACUCCGACAUGUAGGUUCAAAGAUUAAAUCAUUGUGCUCUUCGUUAGAAUCUUAUAAUGUGAUACUAAUUCAAUUCGAAAUUGCAUGAAGUAGCCAUAUACGUACAAGUUACUGAAGGGUUGAGUAAGCCAAAUAAGAAAUAAAGUGAAUUUUGAAUUAUCAUGCUGUAGUUCCUAUAUUAGCCAGUUGUUUGCUGGUAGUCCUUAUCCUAGGGGAGGAAUGAUAACAUCGAAGUAUUCGGUUUUUUUAAAGCUGGUCAUAUUGGUCUAUUAUUUUGGAACUCCAUCAGUCUAGUAUGACAGUAGAUGAUAAGUCGAUUCUUGGAAACAACAUAGCAGACCUACCACAACUGUAAAAUUUCAAAGGUGGUUCAUUUGGAGUAAUCCAACAUGGAUUAUUCUGAUGCUUGCAUUGGUGCAAGAACGAUAUUGCUCAGAGAUAUGCAUUAAUUAGAACUAAAGCACUUCAAUGGUGAAAAAUACUUUUCAACCUCAACAGUCAACACAACUAGGCUGCAAAGACAAAGAGUGGCACAGAACAAUUGUAUUCACUUGUGAUACAGUUUACUAAUACUUCAAUCUAGUGCCCUAUAGGAUUCUGUAGAAACUUACUCAUAAGAUGCUAUUCUGUUCAAUUCUAAACUUGGUGUAUCCUUGUGUGCUUUAGACGUGAACUAUUUGCUAAAGUAUAGAUUGUCCUUGAUGGUAUCCUGCACCAGUAACUUAAUAUGUGCUUAUCAAACUUGGAAUGUUAUCGAAUUAGUUUAUGCUGGGGUUUGGAGACUGACCUGCACUAUGCCAUACAAGAUGCUUACCAAAUUAGUUUAAACUUAAGUAUUUCUCACCUUAUGCUCUUGAAUGUUUUAACAUGGCUUUUACUUUGUUCAUUUGCAUACUACCUGUCUUUCUCAUUACUUUUAUUGUUGGCUGGGUGUUGAUGGCAGAAUGUUAUGUUCACCUGCUUUGUUAGAAAAUUAUUGUAGAAGUUUUUAAAUAAUCGAAGUACCAUAUUUCCUUACAUCUGCUGUGUAGGUGACUUCUUCUGGUCCUUCUAGUUUUCCUUCUCAUCAGCCUUGUCGCUGGAGUAUCCCUUCCAAGAUUGCUCGUCAUGCUUGAAGGGCAUCCGCUUGUGUACACUGAAGAUCUCAUGCUAUUUUUAUUCCUCUGGGCAGGCAUUUACCACUUACUAUGUUUUGGUAGAUUCAUCUUUUAUGCAUCUGAGAUGGUAAAUAUUUUUUUUUAUUUCCCUUGCUCUUUAAACUUUCCUUAAGCUCAAAGCUUUAUAGCCUAACUCUUCUUUUUUCUUUUCUUAACCUUGUGAUUUCUAGUGAGUUCCCUUGAGCAAAUGUCAUUUUAUCCCCUGUAAGAUGGCGCGUAUGGGAAACGUGAUGUGAAGGUGAAACUUGCUUCCGAUCUCAAAGCAUGGAGGUAUGAGCGGUUCUCCAAUUUUCUGGCCUUGCUGAAUACAAUCCACGCCGAGUCUCAGUCUUUAUAGCUUCUUCUAAGAUAAGAUUUUCGUUGUUGCUUGAAAUUCUUUGCCCGUUUUAUGAUUUCGUCUAUUUUCUUUUGGUGUGCGUCGUGUCAUGGUAUCAGCUGAUCUUGCCUUGAUUUUGUUGUAAAUGAAACAAUUUUGUGGUUUGUAUUUGAUUGAUUCAUUCAUUCACUUUAAAGAGCGUUAGAUUGUACAGUGUAGAUAAAUUGGUGUGGAUAUGAAACAUUCUUGAAUUGUACAUAUAUAUAUGAUGACUUUACAUUGUAUAAUACAAUUAUUUUCAGUUUCAAA